CCCAUCCUGUUGUCCACAGGCUUAGCUAGUGCUACACAUCACUGGGUCUGCUUUUCUCCUUUCUACAGUUGUCAGUAGCUGUGCUCCACUGGCCUUGUAAAACAGCAGUCGCAUUCUUUGUUUUGACGUUUUUGUUGGGGGGAGUCACAGAGGCUGAAGCUGAUCAAGUACUCGAGCUCCAGAAGGCAAAAGCAGAAACAGCAGACGGUGCAAGGCCAACGCUGGCUGUUCCAUAACUAUGAUUCUUCAAAGUUCAAAGUUGAUCGUGGAUAGAUUGGAGAUAUCUGUCAUCCAUCUGACAAAUGGAGAGAGAGAAGCACACAUAUGAGGAUCCUUCUCAGAGCUGAACUGACUGUCAAUGAGCACCGAGAGAACUUGAUCGUUCUCCCUAUUCAUUUCGACCUCGAUGUAAACUGUUGAUUAACCAUCUCAUCAGACGUUUUGGUUAAAAGGUCUGUUUUGCCUCUGGCAGCGUCCACUGAAGGAAAGAGGAACUGUUGUAGAUUUUCUUUGGUGCAGAAGUGGGGGUGAUUAAAAAUGCUUCCUAUUUCAUUUGGAUUGACUUGAAGAGAGAAAAACACAAGUCUACGGCUGUAACCUAAUUGGAUCGGCACCACAUCUUUAACCACUGCUUUGACCAGGAAGGCGCUGACUCACCAGAGAACACAAGAACUAGUUUGAUUAUCCACUUAACAAGGCGAUGGAGGUUCGUAAGAGGUUAAUUUUAAGCAAGCUAGGACAGUACUGGGACUUUUCACAGCCUGGCCUAGCUAUUGGGAAGUGCGGUAAUGCGACGCAGGAGGCAGCACGGUCUGAUUUCACACAAAAAGGAGGUGAAAGGAAAGAUUCCUCGCUGGGAGGAUCCGGGACUCGCUCCGGCACAGACAUUAUUUCCCAGUGGCCUUGGCGACAGUGUGUUUCUAUGGCAGCAGGGUUGGUAUUGGCUGUUCUGCUGGCACUGGUUCAGGCCUGGUGUGUUGACUCCAUACAUGAGAAUCUGCUGUGGUUCUCUCAGCUUACGGAGGUUGAACGUGAGAUCUCCUUUCGGACAGAGUGUGGACUGUACUACUCCUACUACAAGCAGAUGUUGCAGGCACCGACUAUACAGCAAGGACUUGUAGAACUGAUCCACGACAACCUGACAGAGUCCAAGAGAACCAUCAACCUGCUCCAGCGAAUGAACAUUUACCAGGAGGUUUUCCUCAGUCUUCUCUAUCGACUGCUUCCAAUACAGGCCUAUCUAGAGCCGGUGUAUUUCUACAUCUACACAGUAUUUUCACUCCAAGCGGUGUACUUGAUUGCUUUGUACCUCACAGCAUGGCUCUUGUCUGGCUCCUGGCUGGCUGGUGCACUCACAGGAGUCUGGUACAUCCUUAACAGGAUAGACACAACUCGUGUAGAGUUCACCAUCUCCCUCAGAGAGAACUGGUCUCUGCCCUUUUUGGCGCUCCAGGUUGCUGCAAUCACCUGUUAUCUUAGACCGCAACUCACCGCCCUGCAGCAGAAGUUAAUGGUGUGGCUGAUGUUUGUGACCACCUUCUCUUUCUGCCUGACGUGGCAGUUCAACCAGUUCAUUCUACUUGUCCAGGUUCUGGUCCUAUAUACUCUUGACUGUCUGGACCUCAUAACAACCACACAGGUGACUACUCUUUACCUUAUCCAAGUGAGCAGUCUUCUCAGCGUGUGGCUCCUCCAGUUCUGUAACUCCAUGAUACUGGGAUCGCUGGUCCUCAGCUUCAUAGUAGCUGCUCUCUUCAUUAAACAUUGCCAGCCCGGACUGAAGACAGGAAGCUUGGUUGUUCGUCUUGGCAAGUUGGUUCUCCACACCUUUAUGGUUCUCUCCCUGACUGUGAGCAUCAAUUAUCUGGCCAAGAAAGCGCUUCAGCUCAGAUCGGAUGAACACAUCUUCAAAUUUAUCAAGUCCAAGUUCGGCUUGGGGCCUAUUAGGGAUUUUGAUGUCAGUCUCUAUAUGUGCGAGGAGGCUUUUGGGCCAUUGCCUUUGGACACGCUGGAGCGCCUGGCCAGCACGCUGCUGUUCCCCUCGUACAUCGUCACACUGGUGUUGCUCACAGGCACACUAGCGCUAGUGGCACUGUACAACUUGAGUGGAGGUGAGCUCAGGGGUGGGGGCACAGAUGAGAAGACAGGGGGAGAGAGGAGAGCGAUAGUUCUUCGUCCAGAUGUGGCCUAUAAUCUUUUGCACACCUGGUUCUAUGGUCUUCUGGCUUUCAGCACGAUGAGAAUGAAGUAUAUCUGGACAGGUCAUAUGUGUGCAGUUGCGGCCUAUGGCGUUUGUGGGACAGAACUAUGGACUCUGGUUUUCAACACUCUCCGCUGCAACAGUAAAACUGUGAUAAGGCUCGUCAGAUACACUGUUCCGCUGGCACUGAUUGGAUUCCUAUAUUACAAGUUCUGGCCCAAACUGAUGGAGGAGGUAUCAGAGCUGAGAGAGUUCUAUGAUCCGGACACUGUUGAGCUCAUGACCUGGAUCAGCUCAAAGACCCCUAAGCGAGCUGUGUUUGCAGGGAGCAUGCAGCUGUUAGCUGGCAUCAAGCUGUGCACAGGCAGAGUCCUCUCCAACCACCCUCAUUAUGAAGACAGGGACUUGCGAGAGAGGACCAGACAGGUCUACCAGGUGUAUGCACGGAGGUCCCCAGAGGAUGUGUACAGUGUGUUGAGGGCUGCUGGAGUUGACUAUGUCGUUAUGGAAGACAGCAUCUGUUACGAGAGGAGACAUAAGCGAGGCUGCCGACUCAGAGACCUGCUGGACCUAGCCAACGGACAUAUAAUGGACGGACCGGGAGAGAAUGACCCCGACCUUGUCCCUGCCACUUAUCCUCGAUUCUGCGAGGCCAUCAAGACAGAUGCGGCAGCGUACAUGGCUUUGUUCACUAGAACUUUUCAGAACAAAACCUUCCAUGUCUAUCGGCUCAAGAAGAAACGCAAGAAAAGCACCAAGAGCUCACCGGACCCCAGUGAGACCCGUUAAAAGGGCUGGGCUCGGGGGGAUUUUGAAUAUCACAAAGCCAGAGAGGAGAAAGAGCCACACAACAGAGGAGAAGAGAGAAGAAAAAAACUAAACACUGAACCCUCACUCUGUUCCUCUGUUCUGUAUCUGAGCUGUGCCAGCCUUGAUCAGGCAUAUUAUUUUUUUCAACAUAUGGCUUCUCAAACUACAGUGUUUACAUCAGCCGACCCAGUUCAGCUAGGAGCAGUCUUGUUCGGUCUGCAGUGCGGAAACAUUCGUGGGAGUCUUGCUCAGGGCUCUUCUAUCUCCAAGCCCACCUACUUGCUCUCUGUUGAUCUCUGUUGAUCUCUCUCUCUCUCUCUCUCUCUCUCUCUCUCUCUCUCUCUCUCUCUCUCUCUCUCUCUCUCUCUCUCUCUCUCUCUCUCUCUCUCUCUCAAUGGCACAGCUCGAGCAAACAUUUCCAAGUCUCGUUUGGUUCCCUGCUUGAAUGUCGCAAUUAUUUGCAAUUUGGUUUAGUUAUAUAUGACAAAAAAUAUCCAGCGUUUUCAGCGUGGUUCAUUUUCCAAGGACCUAAUUAAGAAUUAACAUUUGAUGCAAGUGUUUCUUCAAGACGAACACUUCAUUUUUCAUCACACAAACAGUUGAUACUUAAUCAGAUGCACAGAGAUGCAGAGUGUUAUGUUAAGGGGUCGAUUUAGCACAUUUUACAAAGAGUAUCCACUGUUAAACUAAAAUGGUUCAAUCAAGUAAUGUUGAAUUUUCUCCAGGGUAGGUGAAAAGGGUUUAAAAAUUGUUAGCUCUACCUGUUGAAAUCCCAAAUUCACAAAAUACAUGCUUUAAUCAGUGUGUACUGUAUUUUGAAGUGGGCUGAGUCUGUACUUGUAACUUGACACAGUUAGUUCCACCAUCAUAGCCAAUAUCAACUAUUACUGAGAGAAGUAAAAAGAAAAUAUUAGGUUGAAUUCAUGCUAGAGCAGAACAGGGUCUGGAGGUGCUUAAAUAUGUGACAUUUCUGUUAAGCAUGGGAUCAAUUCUGCUAUGUGAUAUUUGUGUAUUGUGUCUUAGUCUUAGCUGUUGUAGUGACCAUCACAUGUGCUCCUGAAGCCAGCUCUGUGUCCUCCCCCAUCUCUUCAAACUCAGCCUCUCCCAGGUCAAACUCGCUUCGGCUUCCAGGCACCACCUUUUAACAAAUACAAAUACACAAAUACGUACAUUCCCGUUUCCUACCAUAGUCCAGAAUACUCUAAGUAUAAGAGGGCUGACUCUCGCAUAUCAUAUUUAAAGAGUAGAAACGGAGCAAUGAGGGAGCAUCAAAACAUGGAUUCACAACAUGUUCCUCCCCCUCACUUUCUCUGUCUCUGUCUUUUUCUCUCUGCGUCUCGCUUUUAACCAAAGGGAAGGCAGAGGAAAGGAGAGGAGGAGGAGGAGGAGGAAAAGAGGGGAGGCGGUGAUUGAAAGACUGAAGCCGUGAGGGUAAUUAUGGGCCUGGUCAGUUGGGAGCUGGUGCACACCACCGAGACAACAUGUCCACACACACACACACACACACACACACACACACACACGGAUCUUGUUUCUCUCCCUCAUCUCAUUCCGCCUACAUUGCUACUCUUGUUAAUGAGGAACCUCAUCUUUGAUAAACUGUACACAUACACACACACAGACCCACACAUACGUAUAUCCACAGACAUGUAAACACACAAACACAGUGCUGCUUUUGGAAUCAUGGUCGUUUGUUCACUAUGCGUCGAAGCCAUGGCCUGAUUGUAAUGCAUACCAAUCAGCUUAGAGAGGAAUAACGCCGCCUGUUCUUGUUUCCUCGCAGUUCAAUAUUAGAUGUUUAAUUUAGGAGAUCUCUGAUUCCUUUAUUUGAGAGCAAAGUGAUUCCAUUACAUUCGCCAAAUAAUGUACUAAUGUAAUAUUUUAUUCCAGUGUUGUUAAUUUCCAUACAUAUUGAUAUGAGUAUUUCAUUUUGAAAACCUGGUUGUCGUCUUUGGGUUUUCUUAUGAAAAGGAGAUGUAGAAAACUGUUGAUUUACCGUGUGUACAAUUAAGCUCUGCAUCAGACCUUAGGCUCAUCUAUGAAGUACUAUCGGGUGUUGGAAAACAACUGCAACCUCUCGAACUUGAAUUUUUGGCUUCUGUUUUACAUUACUGUUUGGUAAUGAUUGUGCUGCCGGUUGCCACAACAGUAAGACUGGUAGAGUUGGGAGCAAGGGGACUUUGGUGUUGACGGGGGUCAAGGUUAGCUUUCUCAGCCACUGAAGAGGGCAAAAGAACGUGCGUGUCUUCUUUUAAGACAUAUUACUCCUGGGCAUCCGGGUACUGUGGUGGUCUAGUCCAUUGCCUAGCAACACGGGGAUUGCCGGUUUGAAUCCCCGUGUUACCUCCGGCUUGGUCGGGUGUCCUUACAGACACAAUUGGCUGUGUCUGCGGGUGUGAAGCCGGAUGUGGGUAUGUGUCCUGGUCGCUGCCCUAGCGCCUCCUCUGGUCAGUCGGGGUGCCUGUUCGUGCUACAUCCCCCUGGUGAAACUCCUCACUGUGAGGUGAAAAGAAGCAGCUGGCGACUCCACAUGUAUCGGAGGAGGCAUGUGGUAGUCUGCAGCCCUCCCCGGAUUGGCAGAGGGGGUGGAGCAGCGACUGGGAUGGCUCGGAAGAGUGGGGUAAUUGGCCAGCUCCAAUUGGGGAGAAAAAAGGGGGAAAAAAAGACAUAUUACCGCCAUCAUUACUUCCAAGAAAUAACACUGUGCGUAUUUUAGCAGUUCAAGGUGGCCAUGAUGGGAAUAAAAAGAACUAUUGAUUUGGGGGGGGGGCGGGCUGUUGAAGUUUUAGGCAGACCAAGUUUUCAAAAAGCUGUCUUAAAUUGUAUGCAACUCAUGGAUUUAUCAGCAGUUUUUAGGGUGAAUUGGGUUGAGAUUUAAUAAAAGCCGAUAGAAGGUUCUUUUUUUGAAGUGUAUAAAUAUGCCAGGUUCAUUUACUGGGGCCCCAUCAAAGUCUAAUCAGAUUAAAUUUGACUGUGAAAUAAUUUCUGGAAAUGAACUAUUGAUGGAGCAACCAAACAUACACAGUUGUAUGUCAGUUUCAAAUACCCAUUGUAUAAAAUGCACAAACAGGCACAAAUUGAAACAUGCUUGAACAAGCUAUUAAAGGCAUACGGCGAAUGUCAUCAUGUUGAGUAUUUAAAUAGGGGUUUUAACACACAAGUCUUGAGAGAGAAGUCAGUAAUGGCUGACGGGUAAACAAACAUUUCCCGGCACAAAAAGGAUUGUUUGACGUGUGUUGAUAACACGUCAGUUCAGGAUUUGAGAUGUGUACACCUCCCCCAUCGAAUUCAAAGUUUAAAAAUAAACUUGUUUGUCGAAUAUUUUCUGUAUAAGCACAUAGGUGCAAUCAGAAUUGAUUGUGAAGGCUGGCUCCUGUUUAGAUUUGAUUGCCCUCCAUUGCAUAGACUGCAUCAGAGCAGAGGCUCUGAAUCACCUCCAUUUCUCUAGACUCCCAGAAAGAUGAAAGCAUGAACAUAUUAUGGUGAUGGUAGGAGAAAAAAAAACCAAGGACCUCGGCCACAGGUGCUCCUGAAAAUAAAAUCCAGUUA